AGCAAGAGCUAGACGCAAACAUCUGUGGAGAAUGAAGGGUUUAUUAUGUGUACUGCUAUUGUUGGGAAGCUUUGUGUUUGUGGUACAGCAGCAGGUAGAUGGAGGGCUCAGUGAGAAUGAGAUCAAUCAUCAUCUUAGCUCUGAGGAAAGAAGACAGAAUUCACCUCAAACACACACUUCAGAUGACAGCCAAGAAUACAGCCCUCUGAGCUUCACUGACAUCCACGCAGCCCUGAGAGAACUGACCGCCACCGUCACAGAGCAGAAAGCCAACAUCAGAGCUUUAGAGACACAGCUGAGGGAACAACAGACGCUCCUCCAGGAAGAGAAGAACAACAAAAAUGAUGCCAGAAAGAUAGCUUUUUCAACUUCACUGAUGCGAUAUACCGGCGGACAGAUUGGUCCUUCAAACACUGAUAUCCCACUAAUCUACAGGAAUGUUUUCACAAACAUAGGAGACGCCUACAACCCAGAGACUGGUUUGUUCACAGCCCCGCUGAAAGGAGCGUACAUGUUUCAAUUCACUAUCGUUAGUUUUGAUCCAGUAUAUCCAUCAACUGCCAACAUUAGGAAGAAUGGAAACCAUAUAGUUAUAGCAGAUAUUGACCAAGGCGGGCGUGUGUUACACUCCUCAAACUCGGUCGUGUUGAUCCUGGAGGUUGGAGAUGUUAUCUCUGUGACACUCUGGCCUAACCGCGUUAUUCAGGAUAACCCGGGUAAUCAUAACACUUUCAGUGGUUACCUACUGUUUCCGUUAGAAUAGGAGCUUUGCAGAAUCAUCCUGAACACAGUCAGGAGUAUGAAGUACUUUCUGUAGUUUGAGUUCACUGGAAGCACUCCAGAGUUACACACAAGUAGCACAGAACACAACAAAAUUAUUAUGUUUUUGGCCAUAUUGAUUAGGCUACCAUUUUAAUAACCACAGUUGUACAAAUACCAUGGUUAAACUAUGGUUAGUGUAUUAAUCACUUUAAUACAAUAGGCUAUGGUUAAUUUUUGUAAGGGAAGUUGUAAAGGUAAAUUAGCCAGCGUAACCUUUCACUAGCCUACAGUAAUUGUGUAUUUUAUUUAUAGCUUUUUAAUUCUCAUUUUCUCCAGAGCUACUGUACUGAUGAAAUUAACCAAAUGAACAUUUAAUGAUUAUUAAUGCUGAACUGAAUCAACUGACUUACUGUUAAUUAAACAAUGACAAAUUGACAUGAACAAUGCAUAAUUUCGCUAAUACCACUGUAAAGCUGCUUUGAAACAAUCUUUAUUGUGGAAAGUGCUUCAUAAAUUAAGGACUUUAAUUAACCCAGCUGUUCUAAAACAAUGUGCAGAUGUUUUCUGUCAAAGAGCAAGUCUAAACUGGGCUUGAGGCUCUAUCUAUGCAGGUUAAUGUAUUAAGAUGAAUCACAGCGUGGUGCUGUCCCGAAACCCUGUCUGCAGCCUCAGGUUAUGGUCAGGAGAUGUGAAAAAUUGCUGUUUUUGCUUAUGUUGUCUGAAUGGUUUGCCCAAAAUAAAAUUAAAUAAAAAGGAAAAUCUCUAUUUAUUUAUUUU